AUGCAUCUGAAAAGAAUGAAUGGUGUUGGUGUUGCUUCUGGUUCUGUCGGUGCCGGUAAUGAUGAGGCUGAAAAGAAUGGUGCUGCUUCUGGUGCUGCCGGUGUUGGUAGUGGUGCAGGUGAAAAGAACGCUCCUGCUUUUGGUUCUGUUGGUGAUGGUAGCGGUGCAGAUAAAAAGAAUGAUGCUGCUUCUGGUUCUGUUCCUUCAACGAGUGAUACAUCUGGUGGUCGUCAACCAGAAAAUGAUAAUCUUUGUUGCAGCAUAGCACUUGGUUCACCUGAUGAAGAAGUUUUCUGUGUAUCUGCAUUCAUGCUUAGGUACCCUAAGACUCUCUCCCAAGAGGCAAAGCUUGAAAAAGAGGUUCUGGACUUCUGUUUUCUUGAAGAUGAGUGUGUUGAUCCAAAGGCUGAACUUUUUGUUUAUGGUUUGGUUCAUAAGAUAACAAGAGAAGAGAUGCAAAGUUUGCUCCCUGAUAGGAAAAUCUUAUCCAAUAUUGUCGAGUCUUGGGCCAUUCUAUUAAAUAGAAAGCAAUUUGAGCUGAAUUAUCAAGGGUGUAACUUCUAUUUCGGAACUGAGUAUACGAUCAAGCUAAAAGAUCUUGUUUCGAAUGAGAAGUCAAUGGACUCUGAACAACAAAUUUCUGAAGAGCUUUUAAGUAGUUGGAAACAUUGGGUGGAGGACAUCAAUGACCACCGAUGGGAUCUUAAAACUGUUUCCAUGUUUUACUUGCCUAUUCAUUAUGGGGAGCACUUUUCUCUUCUAAUUGUCAACUUCAACAGUAAAACUCUUGUAUAUGUUGACAACGUCAUUUCUACGAAGAAGGUGUUGUCUAUAUACAGGACAAUAAUGUCCUUUAUGAUUGAAGCGUUCUACAAUUACUUGAUGGAAAUUGAUCAUCCAUCAGCUUCCGAGCUUUUAGAUUUCGAAAUGACAUAUCUUGAUUUCCCUGGAAGAUCAAAAACCCCUAAUCAUGUAGAUUGUGGGGUUUUUCUGUUGAUGGCAAUGCACUUUUUUGACGGAGAGGAGAUGACUUGUGAUCUCUCCAAGGUAAUUCUCUUUUAGUUAAGUGUUUUCAAUAUUUUUAAGUGUUUUUAAAAGAAUUAGUUAAUUGUUUAGAUUUAUUGGUUAAACAUUAUUUUAUUUUAUUUUAGUAUUCAACCAAUUAGUUAAGAACUGAAAUCAAUUAGUUAAGUACAUAUGGGAAUUAGUUAAGUACAUAUGGAAAUUAGUUAAGUAUAAAUGGCAAUUAGUUAAGUAUACAUGGCAAUAAGUUAACUGUGAAAUCCAAUUAGUUAAGUAGAUAUGGAAAUUAGUUAACUGUGAAAUACAAUUAGUUAAAUAUUUAUACCAAUUAGUUAACUGUGAAAUUCAAUUAGUUAAGCAAUUAGUUAGACUGGUUAGUUAGUUAAGUACACAUGACAAUUAGUUAACUGUGAAAUACAAUUAGUUAAGUAUAUAUGGCAAUUAGUUAACUGUGAAAUACAAUUAGUUAAAUAUUAUAGAAAUUAGUUAACUGUG